CGGCGGGUCAGUGUGCGGUCCCGGUCCGUCAAGUAGACGCCGCCGCUUUCACUUCAGUGGCGUGGUCUUUGUUGCGAAUUUUCUUUUCGUUUGCUCCUGACUUUUUGGAUUACAUCGGAUCAGUCAACAUGGGCAAAAAAGAGGAAGAGGAGAUAAUCAGAAUUGCAAAGAAGAUGGAUAAAAUGGCGCAGAAGAAGAACGGGGCUGGGGCUUUGGACCUAUUGAAGGAGCUGCGCAGUGUCCCCAUGACUCUCGAGCUGCUUCAGUCUACCAGAAUUGGGAUGUCCGUUAACGCCAUCCGCAAGCAGAGCACAGACGACGAGGUGACAUCUCUAGCCAAGUCCUUGAUCAAAUCAUGGAAGAAGCUUUUGGAUGAGCCUGGUGGUGGAGAGAAACCGUCAGAUGAAAAGAGGAAAGAACAAACGACACCGGUUGUCUCUCCAUCCCAGGGAAGCCCAGAGGCUAAAGAAGAAAGCAGCUCCAGCAGUAACUCAAGCAGCAAGAGUGAGCAGCCUGAAGUUACACCCAACACAUUAAUCAACACUUUUCCUCGUGCCCCCGGCACCUCCGACUCCAUCAGGCUCAAAUGCAGAGAGAUGAUAUCCAAUGCUCUGCAGACCGGGGAGGAUUAUAUUGCCAUUGGUGCUGAUUGUGACGAACUUGGAGCACAGAUCGAGGAAUGUAUCUUCCAAGAGUUUAAGAACACAGACAUGAAAUACAAGAACCGUGUGCGAAGCCGAAUCUCGAAUCUGAAGGAUAUGAAAAAUCCCAAUUUAAGGAGGACUGUGCUGUGUGGGAGUGUCACCCCUGAGCGGAUGGCUAAGAUGACUGCAGAGGAAAUGGCCAGUGACGAGCUAAAAGAAAUGAGAAAGAAUUUGACCAAAGAGGCUGUCAGGGACCACCAGAUGGCCACCACUGGAGGCACUCAGACCGAUCUAUUCACAUGUGGCAAGUGCAAGGGGAAGUGCUGCACCUACACACAGGUUCAAACUCGCAGUGCUGAUGAGCCAAUGACCACAUUUGUCUUCUGCAAUCAAUGUGGAAAUAGGUGGAAGUUCUGCUGAGUCUGCAGGCAUUUCCACGGCACUCCGACAAGUAGCAAACUUCCUGGACCAGGUUCUGUCACUCUGCAACAGAUUGGAGCUUUGCAUUCUGUGGUACAUGGUGCACAACAUGCCGUUCAAAGAUGCCACUGCGGUUACUGUUUGAAUAAAUAUCCUGUUCAUAGAUCGAGCUCAUUGUCAUUUCCCGAUGCCCUCCCCCAAAUCUUUUACUAUUGUUAUAAGUUGUUUCUCACUGUCAGAUAUAUGCGAUCAGUCUUGUCUCAUUCUCUUUUAUCCACAUUUUUUAUAUGUAGUUUUAACACUUUGGACAAUGUUGUUUUGCUUUCCCCUCACAACAUUGCAUUGUUUUAUUUAAUUUCCCAAUAAAGUGUAAUCCAUUUGAUUAAAAAGAAGUGCUUUUCAUUA